AUGCACAAAGACUUUCCUACAAAACCUCCAUCUCUCAUUCAAUAUUACUGCAAAAAAUUCGGGCAUACAGGAGGAGUCGCGAAAUAUAGAGAGGUGGCAGAUCGGAUGAAAGAGGACUCCGCCGGGCGAACAGAAUGUGAACAGGAGUUGUUGGAACUGGAGAAAUCUUUUGUUGAAAAAUUAGAGCUCUUCUUAGCUAAUAACAAUGAAGUACUGUUACCGAAACAAAUAGCAUUCGUCGAAAACAGGAUCAAACUGCACCGGCGCAAGGUAGUUGGUUUUUCAUGUUUGAGAUGUUUUCCAUCACAGCGAACUCCGAAGGCGAAAGGCAGUAAGUCUAACGGAUCUGCUAAAGAAGAAAAGACUGCGUUCGAUUUGUUUUGUUCAACUAAACAGGACAAGUAUACAGACCUUCCUGCGGAAGCAAGGUUGAAAAAGCUGAAGAAAAAAUUCGAUAAGUUGCCUGAUGAUAAAAAAGAGAUAUUUGAAAAGCUCGCAAUGGUUCGAUGA